AUCGGGGCCGCCAGUGGGGCGUGGCCAGAGGUCUGACAGCCAAUAGACAACACGGGAGGAUAAAAGAAGCUUGGUGGAGUUGAGAUCAACGUCAGUCUCUCAAUCUCACACAAUGGCCGCUCGUACCACUCCCGGAGGUAUCGGAUUCGCUGUCCGAGCAAAGCAAGAUUCCAAGUACAAUGAGGAUGAAGGAACGCUUCUACUCGCCUGGAUCAAGGAACUUUCUGGAGAAAAUAUCAGUGUAUCUGGAGAUAGAGAUAACUUCUUGAAGCUGCUCAAGGAUGGAACCCUACUUUGCAAGGCCGCCAAUGGUAUCGAGGCUGGAAUUGUGAAGAAGAUUCAAAAACCGAUCUCUAACUUCGCCUGCAUGGAGAACAUCAAUGCCUUUGUUGAAGCUGCCAAGAAGCUUGGAGUACCCACUGAAGAGACUCUGCGUUACUCUUCUAUCCCUUGGCCGCAUCCUGCAAAAGCAAGGCAAGACGAACCCAUUCAAGUAAAUGAAGAAGUCUUGACAGGAGGAACGAAAAGAUCAGCAAUCACGAUGCCGCCAUUACUUCUGAUGUUACGACUCGUCUCAUAUCUUGUUAUUUUAUGAAGUUUCACGUGUAUCGCUUUUUUGUCUGAUUAAUAAUGACUCUCUAAUGUAAAAUAAAGCACUAUGUCGCGAUCCAGAUG